UCACCACCAAAACUCAUCCCAUCAUAUUUCAAUAUCUUUCUCCGUUCUCAUCAUCAACCAAAUUCCUUAAUCGAUUUAUUUUGGGGUUUUGCAAAAUGGGGUUACAGAAAACAAAAAUUCUCUUCAAGUUUCUGAUUGUUUUAGCAAUUCUAAUUUCAUCCUCGGGACAAUUUGGUGCAGCCAUGAGGCCUUUGCAUGGGAAUAAUUACCAGCUGCUAACGAAAUAUGUUCCCAAUUGGGAGUCUUUGUCAAGCAAGACGCAGGAGAGCAAUGGUGGUUCGCCUUGCGGGUACACCGGUGGUGCCAGCGGUCCGUGCAAGAUGAAUAAUGGGAUGGACUUCGCCGGUCGUGUCCGCCGCCGCUCUCCGCCACCCCCCUUCCCAUCUGUUAGCAAGGCUGCCAUCGAUAAUAUAGCUGCUGCUUUCAUGAAGAAAUAAGAAAUUAAUCACACUGGAUUUUGCAUGGCAAUAUAUGGCAUGCAUGGAGUUGGGUUUUCGUAGUUAAGUUAUACCUGUAAUAAAAAACAAAAACCCUCUCAAUCUUUCUUCUUUUUUUUUUUCAGUAUUUUUCCAUUAAUUUUAUUUUCUUGUAAAACAACCAUGGUUUGGUUGUUGAAAAAUUAUAUAUUAAAUAAAAUAUCAAAGUGUUAAGAGUCUAAUGUAUGAAUCAUAAUAUGUGUUUGAUUUACUAGUUCUGUAAUCAUCAUAGAUUAAUAAAUAAUAAUUUUAUUA